AACUUGCACUAUCUUGUGCGUUCGGACAACUCAGGUGUAGUCGUGGUGACAAACAAGGGUCGUUCACGCAGCCCUGAAAUGAAUGCCGUGCUGAAGCACAUUUACCAGCUGCAAGCGGAAUGCUGUGUGCGCCUACAUGCGGUGUAUGUGCCCACCCGCUGCAAUAUUGCAGAUGCCCUCUCACGCGGC